AUGGUUUACUAUCUGCACGGUAAUGAUUUACCAUGCGGCACGACCAUAGUCUACUACCCGCACGGCUUCCGGACGGCAAAUGGAGGACUGGCACCAGUUUUGGAGGACAACGUAGGAACCAGACCGCAUUCAACAUUCUGUCUUUGUCGAUUGGACGACGUGUUUUCAGUACCCGGUCAAAUUCACUAUUCCAUCGGUGCGUGCCAGAUGAUGGUCGGUGCAAUGGAGUUGUGUCAACGACUGCCCUGGGAUGGGAAAGAGAAAAUUUCGGUUUCAUCCUCAAAAAUCUGGAACUCACUAGCUGCAGAUUUGAAGAAAUUCAACCACAUGAGCCAACAUGUUUUUAAGAAACGUUUGAAACAUCAUUUGUUUUUGACAUUCUUAAGUGGAACUGGCGCUUUUGAAGUUUCACAAUAG